AUGCAUCCGUUUAAAUUUAUCUUUGGCACACUUCCAAAGAUUCUCAAUGGCAUUAGUAUGCACUCCAUUUGGAGCGACAAAGCCAUAUCGAUGAUUGACAGUGUCUUGUGCCAGUCCCGUAACUCUGGGAAUGUUCGCAUAAGCGGCCCACUUGCAAAACAUGCUGUUGUAUUAUGGGCAGCAAAGUGGCCGCAUCACGUUGAAGGUUUCCUUGGAAACGUUAUCUAUGCCGUCAAAAACCCAACGCUGCCGAAAUGGCUUGGCCCUUUCAUUCCUUGUCCUUUUGUUACUAGACACCAGACUCUCGUCAAUCUGAACAAUUCGACCGGGUCCACCAAUUAUUUUUGGGUUGUCUCGUACCUAAUCUGUACAGAGUUGGCGAUGGAGGUUGAACCAGCCGUAUGGUUUGUACAACGCCAUAUCUGUUCGUCUGCUGAUUUUUUGGAAUUAUACAAACGCAUAAAUUUUCCACAAAUGCAUGUCAUUCCAGACGACAGCAAUCCGUGUUGCAUCACCCAGUCCACCGCUUUUUGUUUCGAAUUUAUGUCGUUUGUCAAUUCCAUUGAUGACAGACUAUUAACGGCAGGAAAGUUCAUGGCUAAAGAUGAAUUCAAAAUGUCAGACCGAGAAAUUGGCUAA